CGGGCAGGGCCAGGCCGAACGGCUGGAGCCUGGCCUCCGCCACGAGAGGCCAGCGAGUGCUGUCUUCCUGGGCCGGCUGCGGGGUGAGGGGCGGUGGGAGGAGGCAGUGGCCUGCGCUGUGGCCAUGUCUGCGUCCGCAGGAGUUCGAGGGUCUGACCUGCGCCCUCCGGCCGGGCCCGGCCGGACACUCGUGCCCUCCUGGGGGUCCGGCAGAGAGCAGUGACCGGCAAUCUCUGUGCGUCCUGGGCCCCCCCAAAGAAACAGGACUUCUGGCUGGAUCCCCAGAUUGGCCUUGGAGAUGCUGAGCUGCUACAUGAUCUCGGGUAGCAGGGGAACUGUUGUGAAGGAAGUGUCCACUAGCCCCAGCCAGCUGACCCUGCCCUCAUUCCACAUAGUUACCAUGAAGUACAAGGCCACAGAGCAGGAGCAUGUGGCAGACCAAGGAUUCAACUCGGGAGAGACUUCCAGGAGCAGCAGAGAACCAAUGGUCUGUCCUGCAAUGUCAGGCCCAAUGAAUAGCCAGGAAGCCUGGAGGAACCCCCAGCCCAAGGCCCACAGACAUCUCUUUGGCUGGACACCACAGGAGAGCCCAAGGGAUGGCUGCUGAUAAGCAGAGGAAGAGGAGCAGCGAAUGCCCCGAGAGCACACUGGCUCCUUCUGAUGUGCAGAGUAUGGAGAGAGCUGAGAGCCCCACACCAGGACUGGCUCAGGGAAUGGAGCCAGGUGCCGGGCAGGAGGGUGCCAUGUUCGUCCAUGCACGUUCCUAUGAGGACCUGACUGAAUCGGAGGAUGGGGCAGCUUCUGGGGACAGCCCCAAGGAGGGUGUUGGGGGUCCUCCACCACUGCCUGCAGACAUGCGACAGAUCAGCCAGGACUUCAGCGAACUGAGCACCCAACUGACGGGUGUGGCCCGAGACCUGCAGGAGGAGAUGCUGCCAGGAAGCUCUGAGGACUGGCCAGAGCCUUCAGGGGCAGCUGGGCGGCCAGCCACAGAACCCCCCAGGGAGGGCACAGGCGAGGGGGAUGAGGAGGAGGCUGCUGAGGCAUGGCGACUACACCAGAAGCACGUCUUUGUGCUGAGCGAGGCGGGGAAGCCUGUGUACUCCCGCUAUGGGUCAGAGGAGGCACUUUCCAGCACCAUGGGUGUCAUGGUGGCCCUGGUGUCCUUCCUGGAGGCAGACAAGAACGCCAUCCGUUCUAUCCAUGCAGAUGGCUACAAGGUGGUAUUCGUGCGCCGGAGCCCACUGGUGUUGGUGGCAGUGGCGCGCACGCGGCAGUCGGCGCAGGAACUGGCGCAGGAGCUGCUCUACAUCUACUACCAGAUCCUGAGCCUUCUUACCGGUGCCCAGCUGAGCCACAUCUUCCAGCAGAAGCAGAACUACGACCUUCGCCGCCUGCUCUCGGGCUCGGAGCGCAUCACCGACAACCUGCUGCAGCUCAUGGCGCGAGACCCCAGUUUCCUCAUGGGGGCUGCGCGCUGCCUGCCCCUGGCGGCGGCCGUGCGCGACGUGGUGAGUGCCAGCCUGCAGCAGGCGCGAGCGCGCAGCCUUGUCUUCUCCAUCCUGCUGGCGCGCAACCAGCUGGUGGCGCUCGUGCGCCGCAAGGACCAAUUCCUGCACCCCAUCGACCUGCACCUGCUCUUCAAUCUCAUCAGUUCCUCCUCGUCCUUCCGUGAGGGAGAAGCUUGGACGCCCGUGUGCCUACCCAAAUUUAAUUCCGCCGGCUUCUUCCACGCGCACAUCUCUUACCUGGAGCCUGACACAGACCUCUGCUUGUUGCUCGUCUCCACCGACCGGGAGGACUUCUUUGCAGUCUCUGACUGCCGCCGCCGCUUUCAGGAGCGCCUGCGGAAGCGGGGAGCCCACGUGGCGCUGCGGGAGGCACUGCGCACGCCCUACUACAGUGUGGCCCAAGUGGGCAUCCCGGACCUGCGCCACUUCCUCUAUAAGUCAAAGAGCUCAGGACUCUUCACCAGCCCUGAGAUUGAGGCUCCAUACACCAGUGAAGAGGAGCAGGAGCGGCUGUUGGGCCUCUACCAAUACCUGCACAGCCGGGCCCACAAUGCCUCCCGCCCACUCAAGACCAUCUACUACACGGGCCCCAAUGAGAACCUCCUGGCCUGGGUGACAGGUGCCUUUGAGCUCUACAUGUGCUACAGCCCCCUGGGGACCAAGGCAUCCGCCGUCAGUGCCAUCCAUAAGCUGAUGCGCUGGAUCCGCAAAGAAGAAGAUCGCCUCUUCAUCCUCACGCCCCUCACCUACUGACGGGGAUGUGUGUGGGCUCAGCCGUCUUAGGCACACAGGGCCAUGGAAGCUAUGGGAGCCUCCACCUGGGCUGGCCUCUCUUGCCCAGGCAGCAAGCAGGCAGGGACUGUGGGUUGGGGCGUGCAUUAAAGUGCUCUGGGGAAGACACUCA